AUGCCAUAUUUGGGUCAGAGCACCCAGGCCCCAACGCAGAUCGAGAGAUUGGACCAUGCCCUUGAGCAGCAGCUCAGCGGAAAGGCCAAACAAUAUCUCAUACUCUCCAGUGUCUUUGGCGUUUUUACUGUCAUUGUCGCUACGAUUCAGUCUAUUCUGGUCUUUACGCUACCAGGAUGGUCGAUUUGGCUUAGUGCCUUGAUCAACUGUAUUUUGAUUGUUUCAACUGCAGCCACAGCAUGGUGCGCAGGCUACUCUGGCUGUUUGUACAGAAUUCUCAUUCGUUGUCACUACGGAGAAAUCUCCUCCCAACCGAUUCAAUACCUUGUCGCCAGAUCUGGAAACAAUAUUAUGGUAGCCGUCACUUCGGCUCCGGGAUCCGCUCCGUUUCAUUCUCUCCCAAACUCCAGAUGCUGA